GGCUCUAGUUUACUCUAUUUACCUGGCCUCUAAGUCGCACAUUGUAUAUAUAAUUAACAAUUGCAUCGCAUUGUAGUAUAUAGGCUGUGCAUCUCUCUAUAUCAUUAUCGGGGCAUCCUCCUAUAGCCGUUGUUAUAUCGUAACCAUGGUACAGAGGGUAGUUUUAAGGCGUCACUGCCGUUACAACACCAGAUCUAACAAGCAGCGCAAGGUUAAGACCCCUGGUGGCCGCUUGGUCGUCCAGCGCCGCGUUAAGGUUGCCCAGGGCCCGAAGUGUGGUGACUGCAAGUGCAAACUUGCUGGUAUUCCAGCUCUCAGGCCUCACCUUUACCGCAACUUGAAGAAGCGUGAGCGUAGAGUAUCACGUGCUUACGGUGGUGUUCGUUGCCACAAAUGUGUUAAGGAUAGGAUCAUUCGCGCAUUCUUGAAGGAGGAGCAGAAGGCUCUUAAGAAGGUAAUUGAGGAGCGCGAGGCCAAGAAGUCCGCUGCUUCCGCCAAGGUUGCUGAGGAGAAGAAGGAGGGCGCUGCCAAGAAGGCCCCUAAGAGCGCCAAGGCUGACGGUGCCCGCGAGUCUAGGGAGGGCAAGCCAAGCAAGAAGAAGGCUGCUCCCAAGGCCUAAACCUGUGUUUAAUUUCCUGUUGGGCACGCU